CCCACCCUUCAAUUCCCUCUCUCUUCUCCAUCAACCCCCUCACCUGUACCAGCUCAGAAUCACGAAUUGCACGCUCGCUAAUCCGGCCAUCGAAGAACAAGGUCGGAGGGGUUUGCGACGGCGGAAAUGGCGUCGGGCAAUUCCUCCGGUAUUCAAUACCUGGUGGACUCCAGGCGCAACUCUUCCAUUCUCUCUCCAGUCGUCUGCUUCAACCCAAAGAGCACCUCCAACGGCGGCAUAUGGCAAGGCGAGAAUCUCAUCGAAUACUCCUUCAACCGCUUCAUCAUCCAGCUCCUCCUCAUCGUCAUCAUCACACGCCUCGUCGCCCUCCUCCUCCGUCCCCUUCACCAACCCCGCUACCUCGCCAACAUCAUCGGCGGGAUCAUGGUGGGCCCCACAUGCCUUGGUCGCAUCCCGUGGGUCGCCAGAAAGCUAUUCCCUCUGCCGAGCGUGAUCGUCCUGGAGAACACGGCCUACCUAGGCCUGAUCUACUUCACCUUCAUCACCGGAGUCGAGAUCGACCUCAUUGCCGUCCGACGCACUGGCCAGUCCGUCUCCUUAGCCCUCGCCUGCACCAUCGUCCCCUUCGGCAUAGGUGCCGUCGCCGCAGCCGCCCUCCAAUCCACGCUCAACAGCGACGUUCAAGCCAACCUGGCGUCAUUCGUCGUCUUCCUCGGCGUCGCCCUCUCCGUCUCCUCAUUCUCCGUCCUCGUACGCACCCUCGCCGAACUUAAACUCCUCAACUCCACUGUCGGCACCACGUCCCUCUCCGCCUCCAUUCUCGUCGAUAGCUUUGUCUGGGUUCUCCUCGCCCUCGCCGUAACCCUAGCCCAGAACAACGGCGAGCCGUUCGUUACUCUCUGGACUAUGAUGUCAGGCAUCGGUUUCUACGGCGCGGCCCGCUUCUUGGUCCGCCCAGCGGCCAAUUGGAUCUCGUCUCGAACUCCGGAGGGCGGCGUCGUCAACGAUUUCAGCGCCGGCGCGAUGCUUGUUGGAGUCAUGGUGGCUGCGCUCAUUGCCGAUGCGAUUGGGAUUCAUGCUGUUCUCGGGGCCUUCGUGUACGGGUUUGUGAUCCCAAGUGAUAGUCCUGUAGGCACGGCUCUGAUUGAGAGGCUUGAAGAUUUUGUUGAGGGUUUGCUUCUGCCUCUGUUUUUCGGGAUUAGUGGGAUCAAAACUAACCUUGGUGCUGUUAACGACAUUGUCGCGGCUGUGUUUUUGAUUCUGAUUGUGGUCGCCUCUGCUGUUUUGAAGAUUGUUGGGUGCUUAGUGGUUUCCAAUAUCUACCAAAUUCCACUUCGUGAUGGAAUGGCCAUUGGACUCCUGAUGAACACCAAGGGCGUCAUCGAGCUGGUCUUGCUCAACAUUGGCCGCGGUCAGCAGCUACUUAGCGAGGCUUCAUUCUCUGUUCUGGUGUGCACAUCGGCAAUCGUAACAGCAUUUGUGAGCCCUCUCCUAUCCGUAACUUUCCGCUCCCCUCGUCGCCUAGCCUCUUUCAAGCGUCGCUCCGUUCAGUCCGGUCGGCCGGAAUCUGAACUCCGCAUCGUAUUCUGCGUCCACGCCACCCGCCACGUCCCUGCCAUGCUCGGUCUUCUCGACGCUGUCAACCCCAUCAAACGCCAACCCGUCUCAGUCAUCGCCCUCCACCUCAUCGAACUCUCCUCCCGACCCUCCUCCAUGCUUAUCAUCCACUCCACCACCACCACCACCACUAAGGACGGCGUCGGCCGUAAUGGUGGCCAACCUUCCUCCUCCGCUGCCGCCGCCGCCACGGCCGCAAUCGCCCGCGCUUUUAGGUCUUACGAGGAACAAUCCGCCGGCGUUUUCGUCCGAACCCUCACCGCAGUCUCCCCUUACCCCACCAUGCAACAGGACAUCUCCGCUAUCGCCGAAGACUUCCGCGCCGCUCUUAUCAUCAUCCCCUUUCACAAACACCGCACGGUCGACGGCGGCAUGGAGACAACUAACCCUUCACUUCGCUCCCUCAACCAAUCCGUCCUCGCCGCCGCCCCCUGCUCCGUCGCCAUCCUCAUUGACCGCGGCCUUCCCGCUCCUUCCCGCCAUGGCGUAACCCGAAAGGCCGCCCUCUUCUUCCUCGGUGGCCCCGACGACCGCGAAGCUCUCGCCUUUGCCUCCCGCAUCGCUGGCCACAGCCAAUUCUCCCUCACCGUUCUCCGCCUCAUCAACCAAAUCCGCUCCGACGAAUCCGUCCUCGACGAUGAGUACAUCACCGAGUUCCGCAUCCAGUACGUCGGCGACAACUCCGUUGCCUACACCGAGAUCGAGGCGGAGUCCGCAGAGGACACUGUUGCGGCACUGAGAUCCCUUGUGGACGGACGGCAUGAUUUGUAUAUUGUUGGAAAGGAAUGUGGAGUUGGAUCGCCUUUAACCGCUGGGCUGACGGACUGGAGCGAGUGCCCGGAGCUAGGGCCCAUUGGGGACCUGCUUGCUUCGCCGGACUUCGGCGUGCCGGUGACUUCGGUGUUGGUGAUGCAGCAGUGUUUGCAGAUGGAAACAGGGGAAUCAGAAGCGGCGCCGGGUAAGACGACGAUGGGCUCGUCGAGGGGCAGGCUUGCGAUGAUGUCGGCUGAGAAGGCGACGUACAGGACCGGAAGCAUGGCCUCCCGAACAACCUGAGAAGAACAGCAAAAGCAGGAUCUUUGGUUUUGUAAGCUCAAAGAAAGCCCAAAAGAAACAACUAUAAAGCCCAGAAUGCACUGAUUUUGGAUCUUCAAAGCCCAAAAUUAUUAAAUCCAAGCGAGUCAUUGGGCCGAACUGAUGUAAUGAAA